UAUUAAUGUAUGAAGAACAAUUUACUCAUGUGUCCGUAAGUAGAUUUUGUAAUAACAGACAAUUUUAUAAAACAACAAUCGACAACGUUCAAAAUUUUCAUCCAAAGCACAAAACGGAUUGCGACCUUAGUAAGUGCUACUCUAUAAAAUGGCAUGGAGAUUCCUUGAUGUAUAAAGCUAAAAUUUUAUGUUUGGCAGAAUCCGAAGAAGAUUUGGAAAUUCAAAUUAAAAAAUUGGGCUCCGGAAAUAGCAGAUUAAGGAUUCCAAAAUGUUAUCAUUCCGAGGAAAGUUUUUAUGGACAGAAUGAUGAAAGAAAUGAGAAUCAUAAUGAAGAAUCUGAAACUGAAGAGGAAAUUAAAAAGAAAAAUGAAGUCGAAUCACAAAAAAGGCGGCAGCAAAUAAUUUUAAAUAAAAAAAGAGAAGCCUUAACCAAUAAAAAUAUGCUGUCACAGACGUCAAGGCAAAAUAAAGAUGGAGCUGCUAAUGUACAAGCAAAUAGGACCAAUAAAAGAGAUGGGGCCGGAUGUAGUGGAGAGUUGCGUAGGGUGGUUGCUCCUGAGGAAAAUAGGAUUGAGAAUGGAGGGGGAUUAAAUGCGGGCGACAAUGGAGAUAGGAAUGAAGAAAGAAACAAUAACAAUGGAAAUGACAAUGAAAAUGACAAUGGAAAUGAAAAUGGAAAUGACAAUGGAAAUGACAAUGGAAAUGACAAUGGAAAUGAAAAUGGAAAUGACAAUGGAAAUGACAAUGGAAAUGACAAUGGAAAUGACAAUGGAAAUGAAAAUGGAAAUGACAAUGGAAAUGACAAUGGAAAUUUGAGAGUGGAAAUAAAUGAGGAAGGGCAGGAGCAACCACCUGCAAGAAACGAAAAUGCGCAAAAUCGACGCAGAUCUCGUCCGUCGUUGCCAAAACGCAACAUAAGAAUAGAAAAAAAUCUUCUGUCUAUUCCAGGUAAGUUUAACCUUCUGCUGACACACUGAAUCAUUUUUAUUUUAAUAAAUAAUUAAUUUAAAUUAAAUUAUUAGAGGUGUGCAAUAAGUUCGAAUAGCCGAGCCGGGCCGCAAUUUUUUCGA